GGUUCUUGUCUAAUGGAGCAUUUGCGCGAUCGUUCAUAAUUUUAUUUACCAUCAAUAUUGUAACACAUACAAAUAAAAAGAAUAUAAUUUUUAUAUAGUUAUUUGUCCACAUCAAUGGUGAAAUUUUUUGAAAUAUGUGUAAUUUAAAUAAAUAAAUUUAUUUUGAUAUAGCCUUUAUGAUCUCAUGACAAAAGGCCUUGCAGUACACAUAGAUUUACAAAUGUGUUGUUUUGAUAGAUAAUGGAUCCAAGAAUGUGUAGAAAAAUCAGCAGUAGUGAAAGUCUUCCAGAUGCGGACAAUUUGGAAUAUGAGGUAUCAACCAUCAUUGCGCCGCAAGAGAGCGACGAUAAUUUCAUGCUGGACGGUAGUCCCGAGCCUCAUUCCGUGACAUGGCUAGACAACGAUCAAAUAGAUGAAUUAGAUCUUAAUUUAGACCAAACUAAUCUCUGUUUUCAUAGAGUCGAUAGCGCAGAUAUUAUAUAUAGAAAUAAGAAGAAAAAAUGUAAAAUGGUAGGAAAAUAUGUGAUGGGAGAUGUGCUGGGAGAAGGCUCGUAUGGUAAAGUUAAAGAGAUGUUGGACUCGGAGACGCUCUGCAGACGAGCUGUAAAAAUACUGAAAAAGAGAAAAUUGAGAAGAAUACCAAAUGGUGAACAGAAUGUACAGAGAGAAAUACAACUGCUGCGGAUCCUUAGACACAAAAAUGUGAUAGAACUAGUCGAUGUAAUGUAUAAUGAUGAGAAACAGAAGAUGUACCUUGUGAUGGAGUUCUGUGUGGGUGUGCUGCAGGAUAUGUUGGAAGGAAGCCCUGGCAAGAAAUUUCCUCAGCGGCAAGCUCAUGAUUACUUUACUCAACUUUUGGACGGUUUGGAGUACUUGCAUGGCCAGGGUGUAGUCCACAAAGAUAUCAAGCCAGGAAAUUUAUUACUGACUCUUGAUCAGACAUUGAAGAUAACAGAUUUUGGUGUUGCUGAGGCUUUAGACAUGUUUUCUCCUGAAGACACAUGUUACACCGGGCAGGGUUCCCCAGCCUUCCAGCCGCCUGAAAUAGCAAAUGGUGCUGAACAGUUUUCUGGUGUCAAAGUAGAUAUCUGGAGCAGUGGAGUUACAUUAUAUAAUAUGACAACAGGCCGGUACCCGUUUGAAGGCGACAAUGUGUACCGGUUGCUGGAAUCCAUCGGUCGAGGCGAGCCGGCUCCACCUCCGCCUUCAUUAGGACCUACGCUCGGAGCCCUACUUACCAACAUGUUGAAAAGAGAUCCAGACCUUAGGCCGACUGUGCACGAAAUUAAAAGGCACUCUUGGGUGCAAGCUCGUCCUCCCCUGGAGGCAGGCGAGCGGAUGGUGACUCCUAGAUCUCGUCGGUCAGACGAGCUUCACACUUCCACUGUCAUCCCGUACCUCGUUGAACGUCACUACCCUUCGGCGCAGGAAUACUUCACUGAGCGGGACUACAGACACGAGCUGGGUGACGGCGGGUCGCGUACGCUGUCGACGGCGGAGCUGUCGGACGCGGAGUCCCGCGGGCGCAAGCGGCGCUGGCACUCGUCGUGCGGCCGCCUGCCGUCGUGCCGGCUGACGUGAUGCUGCGCCUGCGGGCCGCGCAGCCUGACGCCGUGCCGACUCACCUGACGCGGCGUCAGCACUGACGUCGCAACGCCUCACUUCGCGGCGUCACAUCCUCACUAACAUCGAAUGCGUUCAUUACUCCUAUACAUGUUCCAAGUUAUUCCCGGUUACUUGUUUCUCCACUUAGUCGUUAAUGUUAACACAAAUUUUACCUCCACCGUUGAUGUCGGAUAGUUACGCCUGAGACUUGUUUCUCACCCGUUUUGUUGCUAAAUUAAUAGUAGUUAGAAUUUGGUUACAUUUGUUGUAUCAUUUGCUCUGAACAAAAUCUUACGGCUGCGGUAUACUUAAUAUUACUAUUUAUUUGUUGGUGUAUGGCUGUUACAUGUAGGUUUCUCUGUAAUCCUCUAAAUAUUACUGUGUUCAACACCUCCAUUAGAAAUAUGUGAUUAAAUGUAUGCAUUGAGAGACCAAUAAAUUAUAGUAAAUUUUCUGAUAUGACAUUCAGUCACAUAUUUCUGUUAAAACCAAUAUUACCAUAGGCAUUGUAUGCAUAUUCAAUUAGAUAUCAAGGCGUUCAUACAAUGACAAAACAAAAUAUCAUAAAUGUAAAAUAGUACCUGUUUUAUUUGUGUAUCAAGAUGUAUGGUGUAAAGUGAACAUGUAUUUAGUGUAAUUAGUAGAUCUCAAAUUUUAUCGUGGCAAUAAAAAGAUAAAUAUUUUUAUAAAAAAUAUCGCUAUAAAACCAAAUUAAAAAUAGUGUUCUUGCCAAGAGGGAAGCACCGAUUAUAUUUUAUCAAUUAUAUGUUACUUGAUGUUCAUUUUUAGUAUCGAUCAUCGGUAAUGUUGAUGUCACCUGGAUCGAAGCCCACGGUUCCUCACUUAUUGGAAUGUUGUACAAACAUUUCUGAUUGUGAGUAGUUACUCUUAGCAUGGCUAUGUCGAUUGGAUGGUUCAGGUAUGAUCGAUUUUCUUAUUUUAGUUGUUAGAUGUAAAGUACAAGUUAUAAUGGCAAUUACAUUAAAUUGUCUGUGUAAUGUCGUUAAAUGUCAUCAAUUGGAAUUUAUAAAGAUGUUAAAGGUAUCGGUGGACAGGGUGAAUAGAAUUUGAGGGAGUGAAUAGACAAAAAGAGGAGUGAACGAUACUAGAAAAAAUUCACA